GGCUGGGGGCCUUAUCAGUGACUAUUCUGUGUUUCUUCCAUUCUUGUGCUCUUCCACAGCCAUCUGCUCCUGGCUUCCUUCUGCCAGAGUGCUGGCUGGAUGGAGCUUUGGCUCAACUCUGAUAAGUCUGGUCCCAUUUCCUGGGUUGCUGUUUGCUGACUGCAUGCAGGAAGAAAAGGCUAAUAAAGGUUCUCUGCUUCUGGCUCCUCUGUGAGGUUCUCUUCUCCCUUUGCAACAACAUUAAUGUGUCCACCAGAAUGUACAGCAAUGCCAAUGCUUCUGAAGGCUGUUAUUUGUUAUUUGAAACUGGGGAGAGCUGCUGAGGAAGGACUUUCAGCUUGAUUCCUUGGUCAUGGAAUUAGAAAAGAAACUAAACAAUCAGGUUAAGUAAAACUGACCUGUUUCUAUGGUAUCUCUAACCAAAAAAACACACACUCAGUGUGUGCUUUCUUCUGCUGUAGGAAUUUCAGAAAUUCCAUUUUAGAUCUCAGGAACUGGAACACUUGGUGUAAAACAUUCUGUUGAUUGAAGCUGGAAGUACUGCUCAGAGUGGUCAAUAGGAGUAGAAGCCUUUCUCUAACUUUAUUCAAAUCCCCACACUUAAUCUAAAGCCUGUCAGAGUGAAGUGAUGUUUUUGGUGCUCCCUUUUCUGCACCCUCAGCAGGCUCAGCAUCCUCCCGUGUGUGUAGCAAUAUACGGUGAGACAAAUUCUCAUCGUACAACAAAACCCACGUGACCUCAAACAUUUCUUCAUCUGCUGUGUUGAAAGGAGCAGGGAAGGCACUGGCAUUACUGCUGCUGAGUUUCACAGAGUGAUGUGGAUGACAUCAGGAUUGCCUUCAGUCAGAAAUCUAGAAGUGCAGCUUUGCUGGGUGGGUCUCGGAAGAAUUUGAAAGGGUUCUGGAGAUAGGGCGUGUUUACCUCGGUCAGAGUACUGAGUGUGAUGCCUCUUCCCUGCUAAUGUGCUUUAUGGUCUUUGACUGCAACAUCAGAAAGCAUGGCAUACAUACUAAAGACACUCAACAGCUGGUUCUGGUGGGAGAACAUCUGGAUGCCCAUCAACUGCACGUGGGCAGAUUUUGUGGACCGUGAUGGACUUGUCUUUCCCAAACCACACCAGCUCUAUGCCACUAUCCCAUAUGCUUUUGUGCUACUGAUCAUCAGAUUCUUCAGUGAAAGAUAUGUUGCUAUACCUCUAGCAAAAGCCUUGGGUAUAAAGAAUGUAAGACGUGUGAAGCCACAGCCUAAUCCUGUGUUAGAGAGUUAUUUCCGGGAGUGCUCAAGACAUCCAUCCCAAUCAGAUAUCAAAGGCCUUGCCAAAAAGUGCAACUGCACCGUCCAUUUGGUGGAGAAAUGGUUCAGGAGAAGGCGAAACCUUGAGAUCCCAACAGUGCUCCAGAAAUUCAAGGAAGCUUUCUGGCGGUUUUCAUUCUAUCUGACAUCCUCCAUUGUGGGAUUUAUAUUUCUGUAUGAUAAACCCUGGUUUUACGACAUCUGGCAGACGUGGGUUGGCUAUCCAUUUCAGACCUUGCUGCCCUCCCAGUACUGGUACUACAUGGCCGAGAUCGGGUUUUACUGGUCUCUCAUAUUCACCCUUGGCAUCGAUAUCAAACGAAAGGAUUUUAAGGCUCACAUCGUUCAUCACCUGGCAGCCAUCGGGCUGAUGAGUGGCUCUUGGUGUGGCAAUUACGUGCGGCUUGGAACUCUGGUGAUCUUCGUGCACGACACUGCCGAUUUCUGGCUCGAGGCAGCCAAAAUGUUUAAUUAUGCUCGCUGGGAGAAAACUUGCAACAUGCUGUUUAUCAUCUUUUCCAUUGCAUUCUUCAUCACCAGGAUGAUCCUGUUGCCCUUCUGGAUUCUUCGUGCCACAUUAUAUCAGCCCACCUACUACUCCACAACUCCUGUCAUAGCAUAUUUUUUAUUCAAUGGGAUGCUAUUAACCCUCCAAGGCUUGCAUUUAUAUUGGGGUUAUUUAAUUUUCAAGAUUUUGAAAAGGUUCGUUUUCCUAAAGGACUUGAAAGAUGAUCGGAGUGAUGAAGAGGAGGAAGAUUCUGUUACAGACACUGAGGAGGAGUCCACAAAGAGUGGCAACAAGAACAGCAGUGGGUCAAGCAAACACCUCCUAAGCAGCAGUCAUCACUAGCCCUGUCCUGCCUCACAUCCUGCAGUGAUUCCUGCUCUGGUUUUAGCCCAGCCUACAGAACAGGAUUUAAAUCAAAAGGCUUGUGAGAGACUGUGAUUGAUUUAUUGUUGGCUACUGGACCUGGAAAAAAGCCCAGUUUAGAGGGGAGGGAGAAAUUGCAUAACAUGACAAAAUGUGUUAAUGACCCACUUUUGGAAUCAUUGCAGAGUGUGUGGAAAGAUGUUUGGACAUGCUGACUGACAGUGCUCCACAAGGGCAAAGCUCAAGAGAGUCAAGUAAUUUAGUGUCCCGUUGAUUCUAAUGUUGUUUUUCAAUCUGAUAUAAGAUAUAUUUCAUCAAACAAUUUAAAUCACAGAUGUUUUGUGGUAGGUAGGUAGUGGGAACUCCAUUAGGAACCAGAAUUACUCAGUGUGGGAAAAAUUUGACAGUGCUGUUCAGUGACUGGCAUUUUAUCUUUAGUUUUCAGUUUAAACCCUCAUCAAAAUAGGUAUUUUUAUGAGUUAUAUUUCAUUUCCUGGAGGCCAGAGGAAGCGAACAUGGAGGAAUUCAAAUUACUUGUCUGUGAAGUGUUGGCUUCAGUGGAGAAAUACAGUCUUUCUCUGAAGUGAUAGAUAGCUGAAAUAUUGUGUCAAGGAAGUCACUGUUAACACAGCAAAACUCAGCCCCAAUUCUCCACUGAGCUCCAGGUUUCUCAAAUGUCUUUCAGUUAUUUUGGCCCAGUGUUAGAACAGAAGGUGCAGAGGGGAGAGAAGAGGGGAAAUGGAAAUUGGGUCUUUUCACAGGUUCUUGUGCACUUAUCUGUCUUCAAAACUGCCAAACACCCUCUGCUCCUCAAUCAUCUUCAGAUCAAAAAGUUAAAACCAAAUCUCAUCCAUUCCCUUCUCGUGACCUUGUCUCACAGCUUUGGAAACUGCCUUCUCUGGAGUGAGGCCACCAAGUUCUGAUCUGUGGUUCUGGAGUGUUCUCUGCAGGCACUUGGGCACUGGGGAGCACAGGACUGGUGCAGGAAGUCACACUGUCACUGCUGUGGGUUCAUUUGAUACCAGGAUCUGUAUUUCCAUCUCUGCUCUUUUAUAAAAUGGGGAAUCACAUCAGCUAGACCCAAACUUGGAUGUGUGUGAUUUCAACCACAUGAUGUGAUUUAUUCUGUAACCUGUGAACAACAGCUCCUCUUACCAAAGUGCCUCUAUGCAAAAUUUGCACUUCUGUUCUAACACAAGUGGGGCUGCAGCAGCAAUUUCAGUCCCAGGGCUCUCCAUGGAGGGCCCAGGCCUUGUAAACAGGGUGGUGCCAGUCCCAUUUCCCUCUGCAUUAGCUCACAGGGUCAUAAAGGAUUUGUGUCAUAAGUUUGGGAGGUGAGAGGCUCUGCAUGUGGUUCUACAGUAGCUGAGAUCAUCUGGGGAGCUAAAUCCAGUAGCUUGAUAGAGGCCAGGGGAGCACUCCUAGAGCAGCCCCAGUGCAGAGCGUUCAGUUCAGAACGGCUCCGUUCCCCUCCGGCUGCUCCAGCAGGAGUUGGGGACCUGCAGGAAACUUUACAGGACUGACUUGUUUUCCCAAGAUUUCCUUGGCAAGUGGGAUGUAAUUCAGUGACUGCAGCAUUGAAAGAAUGGGAAAUGUUUGGGAUCUCAGAUAUGAAGAAAGAAAUGGGUUUCAUGCAGUUACAAGAAGCUUUUUUAACUGUGUCUAAUUUUUCACUUGUAUUUUGGACUAUUUGGACCCAGAUGUGCUUGUUUUACUACAAAGGGGAUUACACUGAGGAAGGAGCAUGACCUACAGCUUCUGAGAAGGAAGGGAGAUGUGUGGUGGUAGAAAAGGACUCCUGUCUCAGUGCUUGUAGUUCAGUGGUGCCACUUGGGCUGAGUGAGCAGAACUUUGGCCACCAGUGCCCUUCCUGCACAGAUGAGAAGAACACCUUAAAUACUGCAGGGGGAAAUAUGGGGAGUGUAAGCCCUGAUGGCAACAUGUAAAGCAACUGGGGAGUUUGGCAGGGGCACAGUUCUUAUCAGGGCCAUUUAUUGCCUGCAUGAAAAACACUUUCCUAACAAAACAGGGAAAUCCGGCGUCUUGGAGGAUUUACACUGCCUCGGGAGAGACAACGGUGCUUUCUUCGAGAUUCUACAGGGUUUUGGGAGGGGGCCAGGGAAUUAUCAUUUGAUUUUGGUGCCAGAAGCUUUCCUCCUAUGACUAGGAAAGGAAUUUAGGAAAGAAAACACAAAGAAUGAUGUUGUCACAGGAAUGAGCCUCUGAACAACUACUGAUUUUUAAACUGGAAUUUAUAGUCUCCUCGAGGCCAAAACUUGCCUUUCCUACUCAGGACAAGUCUCCCACUGAAGCCAAUUAACUCUGUUGGAUUCUUGCCUAGGAAAAAUUUUGGAUUGCAGUUAUCCAACCUGAUUGCAAGAACUGUUGUUCUAAGUUGAUGUGAAACUGAGAUCUUAAAAGAAGAACAAAAGGUAGAUAAAUCCACUCAGGUAUAAAACUUUGAGGUAAAUUUUGGCUGAGUAUAGAAGAACAUGGAAGAAAGUAACAUCCUGAAGGUGAAGAUUAAGUCUAGGCACAGUAAAUAACUAAAUAACAUUGCAGUGGGAGGGGGUGGAAGGCAGGCAGGGCAAGGAGGGCCCUUUCCAGGGAUUACUGUUAUGGGCAACCAAGGGGAUUAGACCUAAAAAUUCAGAAUGUAAACCACUAGGGGCUGCUAAUAAAUACCCACAGCACAGAAAGGAGUGGGAAUGGGCUCUCAGAGUGCCCCCUGUUAGCUCCAGGAAUGACCAACCUGGUGUUAUGUGCAUUUAAUUUCCCCUUUUUUACUGAGGGUCAGAAACAAGAAGCUGAGGUCAUGGGGGUACAAUUUCUGUUAAAGGAAUUUAUGUCAUGGUGCUUCAAGAUUUUCAGUCUUUUCAAUGCAAUGCAAUGAAGAUUCAACAUUUUUAUAAUCUUGCUGUGCAAAGAGUCUAAAAAUGCAGGUACAGAACAACUGUAGGUGUGCAUGGGAGCACAGAUAGACUCUAACAUUUUCAUUUUACCAUUUCAUAAAGUGUGUCCUGGUUCAAUGAGUUGACAAUGCAUCUGGCUUUGCUGUGUCAUUUCCACUGUGCCAAAAUAUUUCUGAUAGAGCUAUAGACGGAAAAUCAAAUCUUAGUCCAUAAGACUCAGGGGAAACUCUUCUGUUCUGUUUAAUUUCCCUGGAUUUAGUUCAGGUACUCUGCUUCCUCCAUACUUGUGUCAUACUUAGAUUUACCAGCCUGCUCUGGAUUGGGUUUACAGAUCUCCUUUACUCCACAGAACUCACUUUGUCAAUUCAUGUUAUUUGGUAUAAUUAUCUUUUUUUUGUUCUUAACACCACUUGACUUUGGUCAGUUAAAAUACACACUACAAAUAAAUAUUUUUUAAAAACAGUUGUCUAGGUAAGGAUUUCCUUGUUUUCUCUGCCUUGCAGUGCCAUGUCCUCUGCUUUCAAUUCCCUCCAAGCUUUUCAAUGGGAUCAUCAUUAAUUCAGGAAAUUAUUCUUUACUCUUCCAAGUUUUUUGCCUGGAAAAAGCUGGAUGACCCACAACUUCACAAGACCUAACAGCAGUAUCUGUAAAUGAACUUUGUUUCAUUUUGAAACAAAAUGAAUGGGGGCAUCACCCAUCCUUUGUAUCAUUCAGGGUUUAUACUUUGAUUAAAGUACUCACAAGUGCUCCUGAGGACACCAGGAAUGUUACACCUGUUUGGAUCUCUGCCCAGCUGCGUUUUGAGGUGCACAUUAGGCUUGCUUAGGAAGUUCUGUGUGUUAGGACUGAGGUGCUGCUGCCCAGCAGGUUCUUGUGGGGUAUCAGUGGCUCAUCACAAGCCCCUGGGAGACAGCUCAGAUGUGGAUCUUCAGCUGGCAAAAGCAGGAAAGCUCUACAGAAAACAAGGGAGCUGUGCUCAUUUGUAUCAACUGGAAAACUGCUCCAUAUUUCUCCUUUCCAUUUCUGCCUCCCUGGUUGGGAAGACUGCAGAGGUUCUGAUUUACCAUCUCUUCCCCUGGGCAAGCAAACAGAAGGGAAGGUGUUUCAGCCCAAAUAAUGAACUGUAGCAGAAC